UUUUUUUUGAUCUCUUCCUUUCCUUUCCUUUUCUUCCUUCCUUCCUCCUCUUCUUCUUUCUUUCCUCUUCUUCUUUUUCCUUUUCCUUUUCUUUUUCUUUUCUCCUUCUUCUUCUGUCCUUGCCUUCAUUGACUUGUAACCACUAAAUACAUUGUAAUAUAGAGGUGCAUAUAACCUUAUAACCUCUUUUGACAAACUUUUUCCCUGCCUCGCCACACGGCCACACACUCAUCUUCUUUUCUUCCAUCCCUAUCCCUUUUCCUUUCCCUUUCCCUUUCCCUUUCCCUUUCCCUUUCUCUCGCAACCAGCAUACAAAUCACUCUGGAUUGUAAACUGCAAAGGACAAGGGACCAUAGAAAAAAGGACGAAUAAACAGCCUCCUUGGAAUCAAUAGAAAAUAAAUAUAUAUAAAAAAAAAUAAAAAAAAAAUACAAGGGAUUUGAGCCAUGUCUUCACACGACCUUCACCUUCAGCAUCAGCAGCAAGUGAGAGAUAUGCGUAAUGCUGGUGAUGUCGAGGAGGAGGAGGAGGAGGAGGAGGAGGAGGAGGAGCAACUGCAAGGAGAGUAUGCAGCUGAUGAGUAUUAUGGAACAGAUGCCUCCAACGAUUCAGGCACAGAAUCCAUGCCCUGGAUCGCUUGGUUUUGUUCCCUUGGAGGACAUCAGUACUUUGCCGAGGUCGCCGACGAAUUUGUGGAGGAUGACUUCAACCUGACAGGUCUCAAUUCCAUCGUGCCCUUUUACAAGGAGGCCUUGGAGAUGAUUCUUGACCUUGAGCCUGAGGAGGAUAGCACAAAAGUCCCAGAUGUUUCAAUUGUAGAGGCUUCAGCAGAGCAGCUUUACGGUCUAAUUCACCAACGGUUCAUCGUCACACGGCAAGGUCUACAGCAGAUGGCGGAUAAAUACCAAGCUGGACACUUUGGAAGCUGUCCCCGAACUUAUUGUCAAUCAACAAACGUUGUACCAUGUGGACGAUAUGACCUUCCAGGUGUAGAAACUGUAAAGCUUUACUGCCCCAACUGUCAGGAUAUUUAUUCGCCUCCUAGUUCCCGCUAUCAUAAUUUGGAUGGUGCAUACUUUGGAACAACGUUUGCACACAUGCUGUUCCACAUCUAUCCGGAGUUGGUCCCCAAUAUUCCAAACAAGAUUUAUACACCCGCCAUCUAUGGAUUCAAGAUUUCAGAGUAUAGCCGCUGUGGACCUCGUAUGCAAUGGCUCAGGAUUAAACAGGACCCUAAUACAUUGGAUGCCAGUGGCAGAUUGAUUAAGGAUGCAAAGGAGCAAGAUGAAAACGACAAACAGUAAAAGAAAAAGAAAAAGAAAAAUCAAAACAUUAGUCAUUUUUGUUUUCCUGACCAGGCAAUUCUCUCUCUACCUCUCUAUUUAUUUAUUUAUUUAUUUUUUUUCUUCGUCGCUGUUGUUGUUGUUGUUGUUGUUGUUGUUGCUGUUGUUGAUAUCGUUUAUGUAUGAGAAAGGGCGCAAUAGAGUAGGAAAAAACCUGUUCAAAAUUCAUAUUCACGAAAAAGCAUUUACUCACACCAACACCCCACUCACACUAUUUAAAUUUUCACCAUAAUACUAUUGCGCUGUCACUUUUACCUUUUUUCUUCCCUGCUUUCAUCUGAAAGAUAUUUUGUGAUGAUAAGAUGUCUGAUCGAUGUUUCUACAAGAGCAUCACAACGGCAAACCAAGAUGAAAGAAUGGGCCAUUGACUGAACAUUUCCUCUGUGUCUUCUCAGUGGCG